AUACCAACACUAGCAAUGGUUGAGCUUUCAGACUAUCAUAGACAGGAAAAGGUCGGAGAGGGAACCUAUGGUGUGGUGUAUAAAGCCCUUGAUAUCAAACAUAAUAACCGUGUUGUUGCCUUGAAGAAGAUCAGACUUGAGUCUGAAGAUGAAGGGGUUCCCUCCACGGCAAUCCGAGAAAUCUCGCUUCUUAAGGAGAUGCGUGACAAUAAUAUUGUCCGUCUUUACGACAUUGUCCAUUCUGAUUCUCACAAGCUUUACCUUGUGUUUGAGUUUCUUGAUUUGGAUUUAAAGAAAUAUAUGGAAUCGAUUCCAACCGGUGUAGGUUUGGGGUCUGAUAUGGUCAAAAGAUUCAUGAACCAACUUGUCAAGGGGAUCAAGUAUUGUCAUAGUCAUCGUGUUUUACAUCGAGACUUGAAACCUCAAAAUUUAUUAAUUGAUAAAGAGGGUAACUUAAAGUUGGCUGAUUUUGGAUUGGCUAGAGCCUUUGGUGUGCCGCUUAGAGCUUAUACACACGAGGUGGUCACCUUAUGGUAUAGAUCACCCGAAAUUCUUCUUGGUGGGAAACAAUAUUCCACCGGGGUUGACAUGUGGUCUGUUGGAUGUAUCUUUGCUGAAAUGUGUAACCGUAAGCCACUUUUCCCAGGGGAUUCUGAAAUUGAUGAAAUUUUCAGAAUUUUCAGAAUUUUAGGAACUCCAACUGAAGAAAUUUGGCCAGAUGUUUCAUAUUUACCAGAUUUUAAGCCAACAUUUCCAAAAUGGAGUAAGAAAAACUUGGGAGAUUUUGUGCCUACAUUGGAUGAAGAUGGGGUUGAUUUAUUGGAACAAAUGUUAGUUUACGACCCUAGUGGCCGUAUCAGUGCCAAGAGAGCAAUUAUCCAUCCCUACUUCCAAGAAGAAGGUGAAGGAUUUGAUAACUAUCCUCGUUCGGUUAACAUGGGUUGAUAAGUACUACAUUGGUUUAGUAUGCUGCAUUGGUAGUUUUAUUUUUUUUAAAAGAUAGAGUACAUGGAUAAGAAAUAUAUAAAAUUAAAGAGAGAGAGAGAUAAAA